GGACCGUUUUCUCCUGAGAGAAGCCCAGCCAGCUGAUCAAAAUAGAGUCCCUCAAGGUGACAGUUGACUUCUUGAAGGUGCCCCUCGGCCUGAAGAAGCCUGCGCUGAAGGAGGCUGCGGCCGCCUUGGCCGCCGUCCCCGGGCCAGGGAGACCCAAGACCAUCACCGUGGAGCGGUACAAGGGUCGGCGCUCUGACAACAUGGACAAUGAGUCGCAGUACUCGGGAUACUCCUACAAGUCCGGGCACUCCCGCAGCUCCCGCAAGCACAGGGACCGUCGGGAUCGGCACCGCUCAAAAAGCAGAGAUGGGAGCCGCGGGGACAAGUCGGUGACCAUCCAAGCCCCAGGCGAGCCCUUGCUGGACAACGAGUCAACCCGGGGUGACGAGCGGGACGACAACUGGGGCGAGACUACCACAGUGGUGAAGGGCACGUCAGAGCACAGCAUCUCGCACGAUGACAUCACACGCAUCACCAAGGACAUGGAGGACAGCGCACACCUGGACUGCUCCCGGCACCUGGGCGUCUCGCUGGCCGGGGCGCUGGCACUGCUCUCCUUCCUCACCCCGCUCGCCUUCAUGCUCCUGCCCCAGCAGCUGUGGCAGGAGGACCUGGAGCCCUGUGGGACACCCUGUGAGGGGCUCUUCAUCUCAGUGGCCUUCAAACUCCUCAUCCUCCUCCUGGGCAGCUGGGCUCUCUUCUUCCGGCGUCCCAAGGCCUUCUUCCCCCGUGUCUUUGUCUUCCGGGCGUUGCUCAUGGUGCUCGUCUUCCUCCUUGUCGUCUCCUACUGGCUCUUCUAUGGCGUGCGCAUCCUGGACUCGCGGGACCGCAACUACCAGGGCAUCGUGCAGUAUGCUGUGUCACUGGUGGACGCGCUGCUCUUCGUGCACUACUUGGCCGUGGUGCUGCUGGAGCUGCGGCAGCUCCAGCCCCAGUUCACGCUCAAGGCCGUGCGCUCCACCGAUGGGGCCAGCCGCUUUUACAACGUCGGCCACCUCAGCAUCCAGCGAGCAGCCGUGUGGAUCCUGGAGAAUUAUUAUCACGAUUUCCCAGUCUACAAUCCCGCCCUCCUCAACCUGCCAAAAUCCGUCCUGUCCAAGAAAAUGUCCGGGUUUAAAGUCUAUUCCCUCGGCGAGGAAAACACAACGAACAACUCCACAGGCCAGUCCCGAGCUGUCAUCGCUGCGGCUGCCCGGAGGCGCGACAACAGCCAUAAUGAGUAUUACUACGAGGAGGCAGAGCAUGAGCGCAGGGUGCGGAAGCGCCGCGCCAGGCUCGUGGUGGCCGUGGAAGAGGCCUUCACCCACAUCAAGCGGCUGCAGGAGGAAGACCAGAAGAACCCGCGGGAGAUCAUGGACCCACGGGAGGCAGCCCAGGCAAUUUUUGCCUCCAUGGCCCGGGCCAUGCAGAAAUACUUGCGCACCACCAAGCAGCAGCCCUACCACACCAUGGAGAGCAUCCUGCAGCACCUCGAGUUCUGCAUCACCCACGACAUGACGCCCAAGGCAUUCCUUGAGAGGUACCUGAGUGCUGGGCCAACCAUCCAGUAUCACAAGGACCGCUGGUUGGCCAAGCAGUGGACGCUGGUCAGCGAGGAGCCAGUGACGAAUGGCCUGAAAGAUGGGGUGGUCUUCGUGCUGAAGCGCCAGGACUUCAGCCUCGUGGUGAGCACCAAGAAGAUCCCUUUCUUCAAGCUCUCAGAGGAGUUUGUGGACCCCAAGUCGCACAAGUUCGUCAUGAGGCUGCAGUCAGAGACUUCUGUGUGAACUGAAGAGGGAUGGAGAGAGGCUGGGGGUGACACCCUCUCUCAAGGAUGGGCUUGCUGCAACUAGGCCUCUCUGUCUCAUCCUCCCGGUCUCUGACAGGGCUUGGGAAGGCUACCGCUUGAGGGCAGAACUGUGACAGCCAUCUGGAAGCAGUGCCUGUGUCUGGCCCCGUCACCUGCCUGUGACCACUCGCCCCGCAGCCCUCUGUCUCAGCUUGACCCGCGUUUGGGUGGGCUGAGUCCCUUCUUCCUCGUCCCCGUGCUCUCCAAAACCCAGGUCCUUGUAGCAAUCCCUAGAAGGUGCAUCCAGCGAAGGACAGUGUCACAGCCAGAAAGGAGACCGCAUGUUUCAGUGCCAUAACUCAAGGGCUAACUCUCCAUUAGAUGUUCUUCACCAGCGUCCUCAAGUGCAGUUGGGUCUGAAGGACCUUCUAUGCUUUCCUGUUUUCUACUUGGCAACUGUCCUGUCUCUGGCCUUAAAACAUCACCCAGUGUCUGGGGUUGGUUUUUAAUAAUAGAGACUUUUGGAGUAUUUUGCAAACACCUCUCCAGUCUGUGGCUGCUAUGAAAACCUGCCUGACAGACCCAUGGGUGGGGAAGAAACUAAACUGACGAUGCUCCCAGCGACAGCCUGGCUGUACAAACGUCCUCCUUGUGUCUCCACUGAUGCUUUCCACACUCAGCUUUUAACAAAAGCAAGAGAAAGACUGAUUUUUAAAAAAGAAGUUUUAAAGUGAUGGUUUUCCCUGCUGUGCGUGUGCUGUCUAAGGAGAUCUGUGUUUCUGUGAAUAGCAGCUCACCCUGAGCCAGUUCCUCCACUCCCACCCCAGCUCCGAGUGUCUCUUUGCACGAGGUUCUUUGCACCAUUCCUGCAGCGUAAGGAGGCCUUAAAGUGGGUGUCAGACACGUGCCGGCUGCCAGAAUGGUGUAAAAAAUCGUCUCAGAGUAGAAGCAAAAGUCUACUUUUCCUCUCUCUUUCAUAACGCCGAAAUAGCCAGCGAGAACGAUGAAUUGCAGGAUUCACAAAGAAAUGACUUCUGAUGUGCCCGAAUCCAGGGGCUUUUCCAUGCUGUGGCUGAGGGCAGUUUGGAGGCACAGUAUGUGGUGUGCCAGGAGUCCCGGUUUGCAGGCAGAACAGCGUAAAGUGUCUCUUGGAGUCCAGAGCGGUGCCUAGAGUCAGCAGAGUGAAACAACAACUUCUCUCCAAGGCGUGAUUGUAGACUGUGGUUCAUGGAGGUCCUUGGUUAAUGCUGCCUGGCUCAGAUGUUGACGUGGCUGCCCCUUUACGGCCGCAUCUGCAGUCCUCCCAGUCCGCAUUAACGCUUCCCAUGUAAGUUGGGGAAGGGGAGAUGGAGGCGCAGAGAGGUGAAGAGAGCCAGCAUUGAGCACCUUAUUCCUGGUGGGGGGAAAUAGCUGUUUCCAGAGCGCUGGCACAAGCAGAGCUAAGGGAGAGCACCUUGGAGUCCCCUCGGCCUCCGCCAACUGAAUUUGGGGCCCUCGACUUGAGUAGCCUUCUACUCCCAACGCCAAACCGCUCCUGAAAGCACACACAAAAGGCUGGUGGGAUUAGGCAUUCCCCAAAACAGCACCCAAUAGCACAAGGCAGCAGAGGAGCAGGCUCCUGCGCUGCCAGGUUCGAGAGGCCAAGGGGGACAUCAGCGGGGCGCCUCUAGGCGCAGCUGCUGGCACGAGGGGACGCAGGUGGCUGGGCUCGCCCAGGUGCAAAGGAGCGAGGCAGAGCCCAAAAUGCAUUAAUUACCCCAGGGCGAGCAAUCCUGCGAUUCAUCCCUGCAGCAGCCAGCCGAGCCCCUCUCCCUCCCCACUGAGUCCGUGUGUGUGUGUGUGUGUGUGUGUGUGCGCGUGCACGUGUUGUGGACUUACCCACCUGGCGAGAGUAUUGUCACUGUAGUGUUUUUUGUCAUUUAGCCAGUUCUUUUCCAGUGGGAUCUGCCUUCCCGCGGGGCCUGUAUGAAUUCUGCUUCUGCUCCUUUCGGCAUGGGGCAGAGCGAGGUUAUGAAGGGCCUGGCCAGGAGGGUGGCUGGCGUGUCUGGUCUGUGUCAGGUUUCCGCUAGGUGAAUGCAAAAGCUUUUGCCUUUCCUUAUUUUUGUUAAGGUUACAAAUACCUCAUGGAGUUGUUUCUUUCUCGUCCCGUUGUCCGGCCGUGUCCUGCUGCCAGGGACGCGUUGUGGGGACAGAGGGGUUGAUGGCAGCGCCCUGUGCUGCUGCCCCCGGUGCUGUUGCUGUGCAGGUUUGGGGUGGCUUGGUUAUAAGACCUGCCCAAUUUCUUCACUGUGAUUUGCAGUCUUGAAACUUUAUUUUAUUCUAAGCACUAAGCUGAUAAAGGGUUGUGACUUCGGGGUGAUGAGAAAGACCGACACUGCUUUGCCCUGGCCAUCAUGGUUGUGGUUGUUUUCCAUGGGUUCGGAUGAUUGCUCCAAUUUGCUUUGAUCCUGUCCUGUUAGACCCAGUUUGGUUAGAUCUUUUACCAUCCCCGUCACCCGUCUGCCCCGUCCUUCACACUCCUUCUGGACAGUUUACAGUUGCAGUGAUGCUCCUAAGAAGCGGUUGGAUGCCAAAUGCUUUUCUUUCUGGGCUAAAAUCCUCCAACCAGACACCCCUGCUUGCCAUCUUUGCUCCCAUACACAUGUGCUUUCACCAGUUGACUUGUCUUCUCUUUGUGUUUGCACAAUAUCCUGUUCUUUUCCCCUCUCUUUUCACCCAGAUCUCUUGCCUGAAGUUACCCGUGUCCCUUCCCGACCGCAGGGCGCUGCUGCCACCUGCCUGCGCGCACUGGCCCGGGAGUGCCCUGGUUGAUGGCCUCUGGGGAGCAAAUGCCCCGUUUCAGCCCCGCUACCUCCCUCUCCCACCCCAGAGGAGCUGGGGGCUUCCCUGCUAAAUACCAGGAGCACAAAGAAGAUCCCUCGCAGUGGGCGUAACAGGUUGUCUGUGCCUCCUGGCACGCUCGAGGGGUGGAGGGGGACAGCGCAGGGUCCCAGGGGUCUGUCCCCAUCGGUACCACUGCUCUGCUCCUCUCUUUUGCAGGACCUUCCAUUUGCAGGUUUCUGCGGCUUUAUCAUCCGCGGCUCCGUUUCCCGCCUGCAUCACCCCGCUGGGGGCCGUGCCCUGGCAUUACCUCGCCAGGCUGCCACCGGCCGGCCCCAGGCUCGUCCUCAACCAGCCCCAGCUUCCCACUCUCCUGAGCUGGGAAAAGGACCCCAGCAGGCGCUGGGCUGCAUCCCGCUCUGAGCCAGCUUCCAGUCUCGUUUACACCAGCCCCACGGUGCCAGAGUGACUCUACUUGACGUCCCUCCGGGUGCAAAUCCUGACAGGUUUCCCAGUGCUUUUGGGGGUGCUUUGCACCCCAAUGCGCCCCGUCCUCCCCAGCAAGCGCACAGGGCACUCUGGUGUCUCUAAGGUCUUCCAGCCUCUGUCAAAACUAAACGA